AUGGCAGGACGACGGUCUGUUCUAGCGAGCGUUGAAUCCUUAUCAGGAUCUCUCGGGAACCAGCACAACAGCACGCCGAUCACCAGCAGCUUGACGAGCAGCAGCCCCGUUGGCGGCAAUGCCAUUGUCAGCUCAGAUCCGCUACAAGAGUUGUUUGACGCCUGCAAGAAUGGAGAUUUACCACGUAUCAAGAAGCUGCAUAGGGGAAAAAUCGACGUGUGCAUCGCGUUACUCCAACACGGAGCAGACCCUAACAUCCGUAACACAGAAGGCAAAACAGCCUUAGAACUCGCGGACCCUUCCACCACAAAGCCCGUCCUCACAGGAGAGUACCGCAAAGACGAGUUACUCGAAGCAGCUCGUUCCGGAAACGAAGAGAAGCUUCUCCAGCUUCUCAACCCCCUUAACGUGAACUGCCACGCAAGUGACGGCCGACGUUCGACGCCUUUGCACCUAGCAGCGGGUUACAACCGCGCACGAGUGGUGCAAAUCCUGCUGCAAAAUGGCGCAGACGUCCACGCAAAAGACAAAGGCGGCCUGGUACCUUUGCAUAACGCCUGCAGUUACGGGCACUUCGAAGUAACCGAAGCCCUUCUGAAGCACGGCGCGGCGGUGAACGCCAGCGACCUCUGGGCGUUCACGCCUCUGCACGAAGCAGCUAGCAAAUCUCGAGCAGAAGUUUGCUCUUUGUUGCUGAGCGAGGGCGCUGACCCAACUCAAUUAAACUGCCACGGCAAGAGCGCGAUAGAUGUCGCGCCUACUCUAGACCUCCAGGAGAGGCUUGCCUACGAAUACAAAGGCCACUGCCUGCUUGACGCCUGUCGGCAAGCCGACCCUGCUAAAUUUAAAAAAUACCUCACUCCUGAUUUGGUGAACUUCAAACACCCCUUUACCGGCGACACUGCCCUCCACAUCGCCGUGUCAGUAUCCUCUCCAGGGAACGCUUCUCCCUCGGCCUUUAACCCCAAGCGCAACCAGAUAAUCGAAACUUUGAUCAGAAAAAACGCGGCUGUUAACGAAAAGAACAAAGAUUUCCUCACGCCGCUUCACGUCGCAGCAGACAGGUCUUACUUCGAAGCGAUGGAGAUCUUGCUGAGGAACAACGCGAGGGUCAACGCGUUAGACAACCUAGGACAGACCGCUCUGCACCGCGUUGCAAGAGAAAACAACCUCCAGGCGGCGAAAAUCCUCCUGGCUUACAACGCAGACACCACCAUCAUCAGCCUUCAUGGCUACACUGCGGCGCAGCUUGCUUCUGACAACGUCGCACAGCUCCUGGAGAAUCCUCCAAGCAACAGCUGUUUGUCUGACGUUCAACUCCUGGAAGCUUCCAAGGCUGGAGACCUUGCUGCAGUUGAACGAAUUUUGAAUGCCAACCCUCUGGCUGUUAAUUGCAGAGACCUGGAUGGAAGACACUCAACCCCUCUGCAUUUUGCUGCGGGGUACAAUAGGGUGCCUGUGGUUGAGUUUCUGCUCGCUCAUGGCGCUGAUGUUCAUGCUAAAGACAAGGGAGGGUUAGUUCCACUUCAUAAUGCUUGCAGUUAUGGACACUAUGAGGUCACGGAAUUGUUGGUCAAGCAUGGAGCUUCGGUUAAUGUUGCGGAUUUGUGGAAGUUUACUCCGCUUCAUGAAGCUGCGGCCAAAGGGAAGUAUGAGAUUGUGAGGUUGCUUUUGAGGCAUGGAGCUGAUGCGGGGAAGAAGAAUAGGGAUAAUGCUACGCCACUGGAUUUGGUUAGAGAGGGAGAUCAAGAUGUGGUGGAUUUGCUGAGGGGGAAUAGUGCGUUGCUGGAUGCUGCGAAAAAAGGAAAUUUGGGGAGAGUUCAGAAGUUACUUACUGCGGAGAAUAUUAAUUGCAGGGACGCUCAAGGACGGAACAGUACCCCACUGCACCUAGCGGCAGGUUACAACAACCUAGAAGUAGCAGAAUACUUAUUAGAACGAGGUGCAGACGUAAACGCCCAAGACAAAGGCGGACUAAUUCCUCUGCACAACGCGAGCAGCUACGGCCACCUGGACAUCGCAGCGUUGCUGAUAAAAUACAACACUGUGGUCAACGCAACAGACAAAUGGGGUUUCACACCUCUUCACGAAGCUGCGCAAAAGGGAAGAACACAACUAUGCGCACUGCUGCUCGCGCAUGGCGCCGAUCCGUUCCUGAAGAACCAAGAAGGCCAGAGCCCGAUAGACUUAUCCAGCGCGGAGGACGUCAGAUGUCUGCUCCAAGACGCAAUGACCUCGCAGCAGAUUGUUCCAGGAACCGUGAUGAACCUGACCGGUUCCUUGGUCAGACAAUCGGGUUCCUCUAUCACCUCCACGCCGAGUUCGCCUACUCCAUCUGCAUUGCAUGAGACAGUGAUCAUGCCCUCUGGAGCGGCGAUGACGCUCUGUGUUCCACUGCCCAGUUCCAGGAACAUCAACACAGAACUGACUCCGGUUCCGCUGUUGGAGACUUGGUUGGACAAGGAAGACCGAGGGGUUACUAAUAUUGGUGGGUUCCUCAAGAGUUUGGGGCUGGAACAUCUUCUGGAGCUGUUCGACAGGGAACAGAUCACGUUGGACAUCCUUGCGGAGAUGGGACAUGAAGAUCUUAAACAGCUUCGGGCGCUAUAA